AAACGAUACUACCUUUACUUCUCCGCUCUACUCCAACACACAUUCCACUCGUGGAAUGGACCACUCUCCCAGCUCCAAUGCACCUUCAGACCACAUGAAUGGAAGCAACAAAAAGCCUCGCACGGCUGCGACGAGUAUAUGGUCUCACUACACAGACCGCAGAUCUAUCAGCGAUACGCACUGGGAAGUCAAGUGUCUGAACUGCGACACCUGCUACAAGAUCAAAAAGGAUGGAUCUACUGGCACAUCGACGCUACACAAGCACCACCGGCAAUGCCAAGACAAGGUCAAGCCUGACGGCAGCCCUCUAUCCAAGCACACCUCACAUCAUGGUAGCGCCAGUACGAGCAGCAGCGGGGGUGGAGGAUUCCGCCUCUCACAUGACUACACACAACACGAGGCGCCAGGCUCGCCCUCCAAUCACCCAUCUACCUCGUCCCAGCCACUAGCAGCGUACCCUCCGACAUUGCAGGAUUACCUCUUUGGUGCAGCGCAGCAGCAAAGUCAUGCUAAUGACCCUUUGCAGCAGGGCCAGGCGAGCGCUUCGGCUUUGGGUCUUUCGCAGACGAAUGGAUACGACCUCGCAGCUUCGAUGGCAGAUGCUGCGCACUUUGCGAACAAUUUCAACGCAAGGCAUGAUGGACAAGGCGGUGUUGUUGGCGAGGUAGUCGAUGUAAUGGUCCUCAAUCCGAAUUCGAGCGAGGUCAUUACCUCCAAUCUCGCUCAGCUUCUUGAGCCGAACAGGGCGUGGGGAGUGAAACAUAGCUAUAGGACAGGACCGCCAUCUGCGCCGCCAUCCAUCAACGAUCCUCCCACUUCGAUCCUCUCUGCUCAAACAACAUUCGAUGAUCUGCGGCGGACCUCUGCUCUGUCUGACAAGUCAGCAGUCCUCGUCUGCUGUUUCUCUGCCCAUCCUCUGGUACCCAUGAUUCGGCACGAGUACCCUCACAUACCGUGUAUGCAUAUCCUCGAUACUGCCAUCAAUCACGCCAUGAGCUGCGGUGCCAGCACAUUCGGCAUCAUCACCACAGGCAAAGCCAUGGUCCCCGACAUAGACGCCGGUGUGCGAUCCUAUCUUGGUGGAGUGUCGGAUCGCUACAAAGGUUGUGUCGCUACAGGGCUAGGUGUAUUAGAGCUGGGAGAUCCGAACUCAAAGGAGAGGGUGGAGAGUAAGAUCAAGGAGGAUAGCGCAAGGCUAGCAUUGGAGAAAGGAGCGGAAGCCAUCAUCCUUGGCUGUGCAGGCAUGGCAGGGAUGGAACCUCUAGUGCGGCAAGGAAUUCAAGAAGCCGGUGGCACUCUGGAAAAGGUCUGGGUGAUAGAUGGAGCCAAAGCGGGUGUACAGAUACUCACUGGACUGGCACGGUCACAAUACCGAGUCGUGUAAGAUCGACUAGAAUCUUCCUCGCUGUACGAAUAGGCCGGGCGCAGGCCUUGCACGAACUCAGGCACUCUUACCUCACCUUCGCCUCAGGGCUUAACCGCGGAUGGAGGCUUACGUACUGUACGACGGUGGCCCUUCUUCGUACACUCUUUCCAAAAUAUAAGGUGAAGUGGGCUUUGACCUCAUCUUGCUUUGUUUUUCCCCCCUUGCACCACCUCCGGCUCUUCUACUUGCGCCUAUCCGUCAUCACUGUCCACUGUUCAUUCGUUACUGUUCGCCUUUCACUUUUACCUCUGUAGCUUUUUGGGAACGAGGAACGAGAGCCGCUAAUGCUUAUGGCUUUUCGCAGUACAACGCAACGAAUGUGGACGUCUGAACGACAUGCAGCCUGCACGAGGCGUCACGCCCCGCACUGAUCCCUCCGGAGCCCGGCAGCAGUCAGGACGUACGCCCUGGGAAGCGAGGGAUCC